AUGCCCGGCGCCGGCGCCCGCGCCCGCGCCCGUUUCCUCUCCUUCCCACUCGACCCGCGCCGCAUCAAACCCAUCCUCGCCCUCGCCAUCUCCGGCGGCCUCCUCCUCCCCUCCGCAGCCGCCGCCGCCGUCGCCGCCUACUCCGGCCUCCUCCGCGCCCUCUCCCUCUCCCCCUCCCCUUCCCCUUCCCUCGCCCUCCCACUCUUCCGCCUCAUGCUCCGCUCCUCCCUCUCCCCCGACCCCUUCUCCCUUCCCUCCCUCCUCCGCUCCUGCGCCUCCUCCUCCCCACUCCUCGCUCUCGCCCUCCACGCUCUCGCCCUCCGCCGCGGCCUCCUCCCCCACCCCCACGUCGCCACCUCCCUCCUCCACUCCUACGCUGCCUCUUCCUCCCCCGGCCUCCUCCCCCACGCCCUCCAACUGUUCGACGAAAUGCCCCGCCGCACGACCGUCACCUUCAACGCUCUCCUCUCCCGCCUCGCCAGGUACUCCGACGCCGGCCGCGCCCACGGCCUCCUCCUCUUCUCUCGCAUGCUCUCCUCCGGCCCCACCCCCAACGCCGACACGCUCGCCGCCGCGCUCCUCUGCUGCGCCGGCCUCGGCGCGCUCGCCCUCGGCCGCGCGGCGCACGCGCUCGCCGCGCGCCGGGGUGCGGCGCGCGCGCCCCAGCUCGGCACGAGCCUCGUCCACAUGUACGCCAAGUGCGGGAGCCUGGACUCCGCGCGCCGGGUGUUCGACCGCGCGAUGCCGGCCAGAGACGCGUCCGCCUGGACGGCCAUGAUCGCCGCGCUCGCCGCGCACGCCCGCGGCGAGGACGCCGUCCACCUGUUCGACGAAAUGGUCGGCCGGGAAAACCUCUCGCCCGACAGCUUGACCUUCACGUGCGCGCUCCACGCCUGCGCCAACUCGGGCAUGGCCGAGCGGGGCCUCAAGCUGUUCGACGAAAUGCAGAGCGUGUACGGAAUCAAACCGAGAAUGGAGCACUACGGCGCAAUCGUGGAUUUGUUAGGCCGCGCCGGGCGCAUAGACGCGGCGGAGUGCGUCGUGAGCUCGAUGCCCUUCGAGCCCAACCGUGCCGUGUGGGGCGCAUUUCUCCACGCCUGCGUGCACAACGCCGACUCUGCUCUCGCAGAAAAGUUGGGGAAGCGCAUAUCGGAACUAGGAUUAGGAUUAGGAUUCGACGUAGGCGUUUCGAACUUGUACGCUAGAGUUGGGAGGUGGGAGGAGGUUGGGGAGGUGAGGGAUAGGAUGGUGGAGCUCGGGGUGCAAAAGGAGAAGGGGUUUAGCUCGGUUGAGGUGAAUGGGGAGGUGGUCAAGUUCUUGGUGGGAGAUGUUAGGCACCCGUUAACGUUAGAGAUAUAUGAUUUGUUGGAGAGGAUUGGUGCAGUGAUAAUGGUGUUUGAUGGAUAG